AUGGUAUUUGACGAGUGGAAGGGAACUCCCUACAGCAGUAAUGAGACAUGCUGUGGAGUGACAGUGAACACAUGGAGGAAAGCGUUGAAGGAGGAAUAUGUGCGGUCUGGACUAACAGAAACGCUCAAAUCUCCCCUAACACCGGUGGAUUAUAUCACAACACUGCUCGGUGUGUUUGGAGAUGACACGGACGAAAUCAAGUCAGUGAUCGAGGGAGAUUCAGUCACUCUAGACAUAAAUGUUGAAAAACAGAAAAGUGAUCUGAUUGUGUGGUUUUUUGGACUUGAAAACACUCGUAUUGCUCAAAUAAAUGGAGAGGCCAAUAGCAAGCGAGUAUAUGAUGAAGUUCUUGAUGGGAGAUUUAAAGACAGACUGGAGUUGAACAGUAAAACUGGAUCUCUCACCAUCAGAGACAUCACAACUGAACACUCGGGACUUUAUAAACUCAGAAUAAGCAAUAAUAAGGUCUCAUACACAACAUUCAAUGUAACUGUUAAUGAGAGGAAAUCAGAGACUGAUGUGAUUGAGAAGAUUAAGAUUGAUGAGAUUGAUGAGAAUACUCCCGGUCGAUCACGUUCAGCUUCUAUCAUCAUCAUCAUUACGGCGUGUACGUCUGCAGUAUUAAUUGCAGUAAUCUCAGCUGUGAUCUGCUUCAGGAAACACAGAGUAAAAGGUUUAAUAAAAGUGCAGACUUCUGAAACUGAAGAAAGACGACUUCAGGACAAAAUUCAGCAACAAGUUUGAAGAUGCAGAAAAUGAAAGAAACUGAAAAACAUCAUAGUUUUAAAGAGUGCAACUCAUGGCACCAUUACUCACGGCUGUAAGUAACGAUUAGAUUGAUAAACGAUUAUUAGAGCGAUUAUUGAGCUUAUGCUCCGAGUUAAAAUGUUGUAUUAAAUGUGCUUACUAACAAUAAAGAGGACAAAUCAUAUUUUAAAAAUACCUCUAAAUGACAUUCACUGAAUUAAAGGAGAAAAAAUACGUUUUAUUAUCAUUAAUUCAGUUAAGAAAUUCACUGCAAAAAAUCUUCUCAUCAUCAAAUGUUUUUGUCUUAAAACAAGAUACAUUUACUUUAGAAGCAACAUAUAAGAUAUUUAGACUUUAAGAGAAUGUAUUUUAUAUGUUAGUGCAUUUCUCUGUGGUCAGCGCCUCUUCGAGUUGCGCGAGUGUCUAAGGGGGAGAGAUUGAAUCUGCAUCGGCCGAUGCACACUCUGUAACAGGACACUCAUCCCUUUGAUAAAAUGUUGUUGGUGUAUAAUGGUGUGAAGACUCUCUCUAAUUAAUAAAGCUGCAUAUUGACAAUGUUCUUCAUGAUGAGAAACACACAGUGACUGUGAUCACGUACUUAUGUUGAGUAUAUUUGGGUCUUAAGAUUUGAGUAAUUUUAAUCUUUUUUAAAGGAUUAAAAAUUGUUUUAUUGUUGAAAUCUUCCUGAAAAGACUUUUUAAUGGCAGGUUUCAUUGACACUUUAUUGACCUCAUGAUGUGUUUUAAUGAACAAUGUCCUGCUGUACUAUCUUUUGUAUAUUUAUUGUCUUUAUUAAGUGUUUUUUACUUAAAGAACAAUAAAGAUUGUGAAUAAUUUAAUUACAUUUUAACUGUCACAACACAAAUAAAAGCAUAUGUGAUAAUCCAGACGAUAAUAAACUCAUUUCUGAGGAAACCGA